UCAGGUGUUUCUCACCUGCAGGCCAGCACUUUGGGCAUUGAAUGUGCCACCUCAAAGUCAAUGUGGUCCUGCCAUCGCCUGGGGACCCCUGGGAGGAGGGAGAGCUCCCUUUUCGUGCCAGUCCUGCAGCCCAAGCCCACUCACCAUCCUCCUCUUCUUCCUCAGCUUCUGCUCUGCAUCUUCACCUUCGCCAUGGUGCCGGUUCCCGAAGCCAAGGACCAGAGCAAGGCAGCCAAGGGCAGGAGAAGGGGCCUGGCACGGCCACCAACAGCCCCCCCUGCCCUGGCCUGGGCCCCAGAUGACCCCUACACCAGCAUGGCAGAGUACGAGCACAGCAUCCAGGACAUGGUGCGCCAGCUGAGGAACGGCUCCGAGCCGGGGGACACCAAGUGCCAGGUGAACCUGAGGCUCUGGAGGUCCAACCGGAGGAGCCUGUCCCCCUGGGCCUACAGGAUAAACCACGAUGCCACACGGAUCCCAGCAGACAUUCCCGAGGCCCGGUGCCUCUGCACUGGCUGCAUCAACCCCUUCACCAUGCAGGAGGACCGCACCAUGGCCAGCAUUCCCAUCUACAGCCGGCUGCCCGUGCGCCGCCUGCUCUGCCCGGGCCCGGCCGAGGUGGGGCACAGGCCCUCGGGCAAGAAGAAGUGUCACAAGAAGUACCAGAUGGUGAUGGAGACCAUCGCUGUGGGCUGCACCUGCAUCUUCUGAGGCUGCAAAGCUACCCCCUGCAGCUCCCUGUGGGCAUCCAACCAGCUUGCUCUUGCUUAGCCCUUUGGGAGAGGCCACCUGGCUGGGCAUCAGGGUCAGGGGAGGUUCCUGUGCAAGAGCUCCUCAAAAUCCUCCUGCAGAUUCCAAAACCCUCAGCCCCAGCAGCUGCUUUGGGGACAUCCAGUGCAGAGGCAGUCCCAGUCCCUGACACCAACUGCCCCCAGCCUCCAGAGCUGCU